AUGUAAUAAGCACAUAUUAACUUUGACAAUUUCAGCAACAACUAUUGCUUGCCUAAAAUUAAAUCAUUAGAUCUACUGAAACCUGUCUCUUUAAAAGUUAUGAAUAACUUUCAUAUUCCAGAUCGCAAGAUUUUAUAACAACAUAUGAAACCGAAGAAAUCAUAAUUGUAAGAUGUUUUGUAAUAAUUGAAUAAUAAAAAUAACUUUAAUUUUAAUAUCCAUACUUACAAUAGAACACCAACUUUAGAAAAGGAAAUCUCUAAUAAAAUACCCAAAAUAAAAUUGAAAAUUAUACCAAGAGAAGAAAAUGAUUCUAAAUUGAGUUUGGAUAAGUUUACUUUUAAAGACCCUAACACUCCCCGCCCAAAUAAGAUUUAUAUGAAACAAAAAGGAUUGGAUAAUUAGCAAAAAAGCUUAUGCUCUAAUAGUAAGGUAUCAUUAAAAUUGAAAACUUAAUAAAUGGAAUAGUUAAGAAGCAUAUAAUCAACUGUUCUGUAUUAUUUAUCAAAAUAAAAUGAUAAAUUGGAUCAUCAUUUUGAUUAACUUGAAAAUUAAUUAGUAUUUUGA